GGAGGAGGCAGGCAGGCAGGCAGGCAGACAGGCAGGCAGGCAGGAAGGAAGGAAGGAAGGAAGGAAGGAAGAAAGGAAGACACGAACGGCGACGUGAAUUGUUCAUCGAGAAGUCACUUUUGGCCUGGCAGCCAGGAUGGCGAAGCCCGAGCAAGUUUUAAUUAUCGAGCCACAGGGCGAGCUACGGUUCAGGGGCCCAUUUACGGGAGGACCUGUCACGUCUUAUAUAAAACUAAUCAACCCAACGACUCACAAAGUAUAUUUUAAAAUAAAGACAACUGCCCCAAAGAGAUAUUGUGUACGUCCAAAUUCUGGAGCCCUCAAGCCAAAGGAUGUUACCGAAAUAGCGGUAUGCUUACAACCAUAUGAUUUUGAUCCGGCGGAGAAAAAUAAACACAAAUUUAUGGUGCAGACUGUAAUAGCGCCAGAUGAUGAUGAUGACGAAUAUCCAAUCGAUGUGUGGAAGGACAUAAAUCCAGAUCAGUUAAUGGACUCUAAACUGAAAUGCGUCUUUGAGAAUCCCGUGACCAAUACCACCACGGCUAAAACAACUGCAACUUCUACAACAACCAAGGCAGAUUCCAAUACGACUAACGGGAAGAACAAGGCAGUUGGCGAUUCAGUCAAAUCAUCACCGAAGGUGCUUGGUGAAACAGAAGAGAAAUUGUUAAAGGCAGCACAAGAGGUUAAUCAGCUUAGGGUAGAAGAAAGCACUCUUAGGCAGGAAAAUCUUCAACUUAGGGUGGCGAUGCGCGUCUGUCCGCAGGAAGAUUUAAUGAAGUGGCGAAACGUGGCACUGGGUAACGACGGUAACCUUGCAGCAGCUAGAGGUCUAACCUCGCACAGCAAUAGCCAGUUAUCUCCGACAUCAACUAGUGUCCUCAUCGCCAUCGCCAUGGUUAUAGUCGGCUACUUGCUGGGAAAACUAAUCUGAACAGCCUUCAUCUUAUUGUAUACCUCAGUGUAUCCCCACCGUCCCCGUGUGUUUUUUUGGCCUGUCCUCUGCCGUCACAUGCCAUCGUUCGAUCGCAGACACAGACUCCAGACAUUGCGUUACUCGAAUGUUCAUAAUAAACGCUAUAAACACGAACGGUAGUGGUCUACAUUAAUAGAGCUGCUCGUUACGGGUGUGUGUGCUUACAAGAGAUCCGAUAAGGGGCUUGAUUUGAAGAAAAAAAGAAAAAGAAAAAAAACAAGAGAAAAGAGUUGCUCAUUUAUGUUAUGUUUAAAGGAAAAAAGAAAUGUCCAGCGGCACACCGGUAGAAAGUCGAUUCAAAAGUACUAGGCGGUCGCUCGGUCAUUACUCUUGCGUUCUCUUGCGUUCGUUCGCAUAAUUACAUUUUCGUUUCCGCGCUUCCCACACAAGGUUUUCGCUUACGAUUUUCAAUUACCGACUGUAGCUUGCGCCUAUUAUUCUCGCGACGAAGAGAAAACAAAUCGUUAUUGGGAGAGUGUUCUGUCGCAAUGAUUGUAUCGCGCACAUUAUAAUUUUUUCGAACCUGUACAACAAUCAUUCGAAAUAAAUCUCGCGCUGUGUUACUGAAUGCAAAAGAUCACACACGUACGAGUCAGGGAAUUAUCGCAUCACAUUGGAUAGCAUCUUCCUCCACACGAUAUUAUCCGAACGUUAUAAUAACAUUGUACGAGCGGAAAGCGGGAUCAGUGUCCGACUUGCCAAUGCGAUGCGACCGGACCUGAGCGCACAGUUGCCUACAUUCGUUCGAUUCGCGCGCGCUUCUCCGGUGCAGCCGCGUUGCUCCUCCGGGCGCUGUUCCCGAUCGUUUCCCGUUAUUAUACGUCGCGACGUUGAGAUGCGAAGUGCGUUCGCGGCGGCGAGUAACGAUUUGAAUGCAUUUGUAAGUGUAGUUUACGUAGGUUACAUUAUACAUUUGUUGCAAGAGAAAAUAUAUACAUUGUAUGUUGUGCAGCUGUAAAUGUAUCAGUGUAUGUGUGUGUGUGUGUGUGUGUGUGUGUGUGCGCGCGCUCGCUCGCGCAUGUGUGUUUGUGAAGGGAGGAAACGAUAUAACACCGAUGCAUUUACAAGUACAUUUAUCCAUAAUCGUUAGUCGCUGUUCGCAAGCAUGGCUCGCUCUCAACGCCGUCAACAUACAUACUAUGUCCAUCUGUGUGUGUGUGAAAAAAUGUGUUAAAUAACUUGUAACAUCACAUAUAGUCCGGGGAUCCGGGGGGGGGAAGGGGGUUGUUAGAGGCGGUGGCUGGUCGAAGAGUAGUGGUUUACGAUCCAACAAAUCGGUUGUGCUGGUCGCAUAAACGCCAGCGUUGAUAUAUUAAAUGAGAAACCGUUAAAGCAUUGAACUUACGUCUGACGCUUCAGUGUACUUUUUAUUUCUUUAUGUUUGUCUUACAAAAAGUAACGAAUAAAGAUGUAUCUCGGAUAUCACAUGG